CCUGCGCCAGAACCGGAAAAGCGCUGUUAGCAUUCGGCUAAAAACACUGGCAGCGCUACUAGAAGAUUGAUCAAAAAUCAUCUCAAUCGUACUCUAAGAUCGAUUACAGGUGAAUGAUCGAGGAUCUGCGCUUGACUGCAGACUCGCGUCGAUUGGAAAACACGCGAUGGAUGACAAAAAAAUGGUUGCUGGAAAAGUGAAGAAACCCGGCAAACGCGGCCGCAAACCUGCCAAGAUCGACCUGAAGGCCAAGUUGGAGAGAAGUCGGCAGAGCGCCAGAGAGUGUCGUGCCAGAAAGAAGCUGCGCUACCAGUAUCUGGAGGAGCUGGUGUCCAGUAAAGAGAGGGCCAUCUGUGCGCUGCGAGAGGAGCUGGACAUGUACAAGCAGUGGUGUCUGGCCAUGGACCAGGGGAAGAUCCCAUCCGAAAUCAAAGCCCUCCUGACGGGAGACGACCAGAAAGCGCCGCAGAGCUCCACCAACAAGAUCCCCAAAAACAUCAAGUACAGCUCCAGCGGAAACAUCCAGAACAAGACGUCUUAGACGGAUCCGGAGCGAGUUAUUCAGUGUUUAUCUGUGGUUUUGUAGUAAUGGGAUGUUUAAAGUAUGCUUUUCUGUUUGCAUUCACAAUAAUAUGACCAUUCAGACAUUAGAGAGUUAUCCCUGUUGAUUUUUACGUCUGUUUGUGAACGUGAUUCACGUUCAGGUUUUGUGUUGAUGUGCGAUUCGUAAACAUUUCCUCCUUUUGGAACCACCAAAUCAUGUGUGAUGAAGGAUUCAGCGCUCGUGAGUCCAGUCUACCACUGGAUAAAAAAAUCAAUAAAUAAAGCUAAUUGUGCCGUUUUAUCUAUUUCUGAGUUAACGUUACAAUUCUAUUUUUUUUCUCGUAAUUCUGAGGCUCAAAAUUUGCAAGCUUUUAACUCUGCUUAACUUCGCAAUUCUGAGAAGAAACUGAAAAAUCUCAAGAUGCUGAUUAAGAAGUCAGAAUUACGGAUUAAAAAGUAGCAAUUUGUGUGUGGAAACCAAAAAUAGUAAAACUCGUAAAAGUCAGAAUUCUGCUUUUUCAGAAUUGUGAGACAAGAAGUCAGAGUUCCUUUUUUUUAAAUUCAUUAUUCCGUGGUGGAAACAAGCUUCCAUGUGACACGAUGUGAAUCUGAUGUGUGUUAUCGUCAGUUUAAUACAUUAAACCUAUAGACAGAGACAUUAUAAGACAGACUUUUGGCCAAAAUCUCUUAAUCCUCUCUUUGCACUUUACGAGAUUUGAAAGAUUUCAACGCAUAGCACUUCCCUUUUUUCUUGUACAAAUAGAGUUGUCUGUGUCUUGUUGAUCGUGUAUUUAUCUCACUAACUGAAACUUAAAGCACUUUCCUUCAAAGCUCUAAUUUUUGUACUUAAUUUGAGAGUUCCCUCUUUCUGCUUUAUUAGGCAGGUUUUACAAAAACAAACAAAAAUAACAUAUUUCAGCACAGACGACUUACGAUCUGAAUAUAUAUAAUGAAUGUGAAACUAUUUCAUCAGUGUUGAUCGGCCCAAACACAGAGCAGUGUUUCGUGAAAAGUUCAAGUUUUAAUGAACGUGAAACACUUUCAAUGGCCUUCAGCACUUUUCCUUGUGACUCCUGACUCUGAGUCUCUAUUUUGGCUGGCAUGAUCUAUCAUAUUUAGAGCUCAAAUGUAUAUUUUUAUAUGGCGUGUAUAAAAUGUAGAUCGAAGUUUGUUGCAGGAUGAUGCUUGUUAAUGCUUAACGUCUUAUUAAACAUUGUAGCAUUGCUUUGUGUUCAUGAAUAAAAAACAUUGAACCUGAA